CCUCCCCUGCUGUAAACGAGCUCAACAUGGUUUUAUUUUUUGACCUAUUUUGUGUUUCUUCUUCAGUGCUCGAUGUAUAAAGCUUGCCGGUAAAACUAGCUAGCUAGUUAAGGGGAACACUGGAAACUGUUGCCCCAUUUCCCGUGCUAUCUCGGGGAUUGGGCCUCGGUGAACUCCGACUAACAUGUCCAGCCAACUGGAAUGCCCGUCUGUGUAAGGGUGAAAAAAACAAUGGAUUCGACGUUCUCUACCAUAACAUGAAGCAUGGCCAGAUAUCCAGCAAGGAACUUGCAGAUUUCAUUAGAGAAAGGGUUACCAUUGAGGAGACAUACUCCAGAUCAAUGACCAAACUGGCCAAGACUGCCAGCAAUUUCUCACAGUUAGGCACGUUUGCACCGCUAUGGGACGUGUUUAGGCUGUCAACAGAAAAGCUGGCUUCUUGUCACAUGGAUCUGGUGCGUAAGCUGCAGGAGCUGAUCAGGGAGGUUCAGAAGUACAUGGACGAACAGGCCAAGGCGCACAAGAAGACUAAAGAGGAGGUGUCGUCCACACUGGAAGCGGUGCAGAACAUACAGAGCAUGUCACAGGUGCUACAGAAGAGCAAAGAAAGCUACAACAAUAAGAGCCUGGAACUGGAACGGAUGCGUAAAGAUGGUGCCACCCAGCGAGACCUGGAUAAGGUUGGAGUGAAGGUGAAGAAAGCCACAGAGACAUACAAGUCCUAUGUCGAGAAAUACAGCAGCAGCAAGACUGAAUUUGAACAGAAAAUGUCAGAGACAGCACAGAAAUUCCAGGACAUUGAGGAAAGCCAUGUCUUGCAUAUGAAGGAGAUCAUCCAAUCCUACGCUUACUCAAUCGAGGAGACGCACAAACAGAUUGGAGAGGUGCAUAAAGAGUUUGUGAAUGACAUGGAGAACACCUCUGUGGAAAGUUUAAUACAGAAACUGGCUGAGAGCAAAGGAACUGGCAAAGAGAGGCCAGGGCCCAUUGAAUUUGAGGAAUGUAAUGUCUCCAUUGCCAGUGAAGUUGCCAAACCUAGGAAGAGGAAGCCAUUUACCAUUCCAGGGCGGCGAAAAGACAAGGAUACAGAUUCUACUGAGUCUACAGAACCUGAAGCUGCUAACACUGCCAAUGGAGCACCGCCAGACUUCUAUGGAGCCAUAGAUGUCCAAAAUGCAAACGUGCCUCAGGUAGAUGAAGAGGGGUUCUGCAUUCGACCAGAAGUCAGUGAAAACGAUGCCAAAGACAACUCCUUCUACUCAUCCAGCGAUUCCGAGGAAGAGGACGACCGCAGGAAAUUCCACGUGGAGAUCAAACCGGUGCAGCCCAACAACGGCACGCACCAGCACAAAGCCACCAUCGACGAGCUGAAGGCUUCCAUCGGCAACAUCACCCUCUCUCCCUCCACCAUGGUCCACAUGAGGAGGAACCAGUCCAGUGAUGAGCUAGGAAGGCCCAGGAUACAACAACUCUCAUACAAUGAUAAACUGGCUAAUAAUGACCUGCUCUCAUUGGAUCCAUUUGGUCCCAGCGUCAGUGGCUCCACCUCCUCGGUAUCAUCAUCUGCAGACCUGGCCUCUCUCUUCCUUUCACCAUUCUGUCCAUCUCUCUCUCUCCAGUUGAAUGAUACGGUCCCUGAGGAUGCAGCGGAAGUGGUAUUACAACGGGAGCCCUCAUCCCUACUGGCCAACCAGCUCGAGGCAAAUGAGGCUCUUGCUGCCCCUUUACCUUCCGAAGAACUGCCUAUUCCUUUGCCUCCUCUGUCACCAAGCCCACCUCCAGUCCCCACUGUGCCCUCUCCUACUUUUAAAUGGGGAGUCCUAGAUGACCCUUUUGUCCACUUGGCACAUGACCCACCCAGAGCAAUGAGCGUCCCUCCCGGCCUUCGGGCAAGCCUGAAGAAUGGUUGGUCCAGCAAGCCCCCACUCAGCGCUCCAGUCACCCGGCACGAGCCACUGCCUUCCUGGUCUCAAGGCCGAUGGGUAGCUUUUAGCGAUGACUUUGCAAAUACCCAUGGACCAUCUCGCCUCCCGCUGAGGCCUUAUUCGGUGCCCAUGCCCCAGCACCCCAAACUCCUGUCCAGCCAAGCCACAGAUCACUUUACUACUAUGGUACCUAAAGAGGAGAGCACCCCCCAUUGGCUGGAGGACCACACCAUGCCUCUGCCAGCUGGCCACUUGCAGGAUGUCCCACCCCCUAACAGACCGACGACACCCCUUGGGACAGGAGCUUUAGCUCCACCUCCUCGACCAUCAUCACGGCCCAAACUGCCUGCCGGCAAACUGACUGGCAUCAGCGAGGGCCGACCCUUUAGUCCUCCUAAGGUGACUGGCUCCAGUCCUACCCUAGCUGCUCCUCUGGCACGUGCAGAGAGCUCCUCUUCCCUCAGCUCCAGCACCUCCAUCAGUGCCAGCAACACACCCACCGUUGAGGAUGAUGGGUUUGUGGGGAAACUGCCCACCUUUGAGAAGAGGUGUGAGACUCCAGCAGGCACAUCCCGAGGGCCUAGUCCAGUGACGUUAGCAUCACAGGAUUCUCUGCCCAUAGCUGUAGCGUUCACCGAGACAGUGAAUGCCUACUUCAAAGGGGCUGAUCCCAGCAAGUGUAUAGUGAAGAUUACAGGAGACAUGACACUGUCCUUCCCAAGUGGCAUCAUCAAGAUCUUCACAUCCAGUCCCUCACCAGCAGUGCUCAGCUUCCGCCUGCGAAACACCAGCAAACUGGAGCAAAUCCUACCCAACCAGCAACUACUACACAGUGACUCCUCUCAGAGCGACACUAACACUCGGGAUUUCUGGCUCAACAUGUCUGCCCUGACCAUGUUCCUGAGGAAGAGCUCGGAGCAGAACCCUACCUCCUCUUACUACAAUGUGGACAUCCUCAAGUAUCAGGUAUGUUCAAAUGGGAUUCAUUCGACGCCGUUGAACCUUGCCGUGUACUGGAAGUGCGAGCCAAGCACCACAGACGUGCGCGUGGACUACCGCUACAACCCAGAGGCCAUGCAGCCGCCUGGGCCGCUGAGCAGCGUGCAGGUCCUGGUGCCAGUCAGUGGAGGUGUCACCAGCAUGCAAUCGCUCCCCAGCGCCAUCUGGAAUGCAGAACAGAGUAAGUCUUUGUGGAAGCUGAACAACAUCACCGAAAAGUUGGAAAAUGAAGGAUCCGGCUCUCUGAGGGCAAAGUUUGAGCUAUCAGAUGGGCCUUCGAUCCCAGCCACACUUGCGGUUCAGUUCUUCACCGAGGGCAGCACUCUCUCCGGAGUGGACAUGGAUCUGGUUGGCUCCGGCUACAGACUCUCACUAAAUAAGAAGAGAUUUGCCACCGGGCGCUAUAUGGCCGACUGCUAAGAUGUCACACUAGAGCCACAUCUGCUCUGGCGGUUUGAAAUUUGAAGGGUUUUUCCUUCUCGUUGUUUUAUUCCAUCUUUCCCGUUUGCGGAUGGGCUCAUUGGGGACGGAGCAAAAUGACUGCCAGCAUAAAGGCUCUUCUUAGGCCUUUAAUGCUUCUCAACAUUCUGAACUAUAUUUCUAUCCAGUCAAAUGCCCCUUCCUGGGGAUGAGAGAUUUUUUUACUACAGUUAUGUAGCACUGAGUAUCAAACACUGUCUAAAAUGAUUAGUAAUAAAACCCCAAAAAACAGAUGGAAUGUCACAAUAUUGAUGAAUGAAAAGAAGUAAUCAUUAAUCUUUGAUACUUUUUUGAUCUAUUCAGACUUUUAUAAAGUCAGAACGGUAGUGCUUGUUGUGUAUAGUUAAUUUGUAAUAUGAAUUAUAUAGAAACGUACAGCAUAUGUAAAACAAAAGAAAAAGAAUACCUGCACUAACAAUCUUCCUGGCCAUCUGUAUAGGCAUUAGUCUGUUCAUUGCAUAUCCAAGUCAGUCACAGUGAACAAAAAAAAAAAAAAAAAAAUCCCCAAAAAAAACCAAAUGAGAAAAAGCAGAGACAAGCCAGUAAAAUGCCUCCACAGUACAUUCAGGAACAAGAAUGUUUGUGUUUUGUUCAAACACCCCACAGGUUAUUUUCUUGCAUCAGUGGCCAGUUUUCCCAGAGUUAUCCAGUCUUCUGUCUUUGAAGUGCUUCCUUGGAAUUCUUAGAAUUUGUAGGUAGUCAUAGGAUUCAGCCUCACGCAUGCAUCACAUUUUAAAGUACAGUUGGUUAACUUUUGGAAAAACUGACCCUUGGACAUUACACAUACAGUGGCAAGAGUUUGAUCAUUUUAUGUCUCUCAUAAUAGGUGUAUUUUGUGUAUUGGACACCAUAACUGUGCAAUGAAGGUAUAAGCUAUCAGAUGCAUUGUGUAUAUUGUUUUAUGUUUGUUUUAGUGCCAUUUUCAUGUCACUGUCAAGAAUUUGGCUUAGUUCUGUGACAUUGCUCAACAAAAAACAAACAAACAAAACAAAAAAAAACACUGACCUCAGUGCCUCUCUUUCUAUUAACAAACUUGAAAAUGUUUCUUUCCCUACAAACAUUUGCAGGUGUAAGCAAAAGCACACCUUUUCUCAUUCUGUUCCAAUUCCUGAACUGCUAUUUCUGUUUUAUACUGUUUUAUGGCAAUAUUGAAGGGAACUUACUGCCACAUUGAGUUUGAAAUUGCAGAAGUUAAAUGUAGGCCUUUGUCUCUGAAGUCAUCACCAUAAAUAUAGUGUGUUUUGUCUGUGUAGUCCAUUUCACAGAAAUGGCUCUAUGGAAAUCAGUACCUCAAAAUACUUUUGCCAGUCUGCUAUCAGUGUUGGCAAAUUUCUUUUCCAAACUUAAAAAUUAUUCACUUGGGAGGGACAAUCCAAAAUAAGCAGAGCAUGGUAGAUGUAUCUAUUCUAAGAUCAGAUAACUCCAAUAUCACCAUAUUGAUUUGACUUUUUAAAAAAUAUAUAUUUGCACCAAAUACAUCUUAUUUCAAAAAUGAUUUUCCAAAAAGUGCCCUCAGAAUACAGAAUCAAGACUAUUCAUACAGCCAAAAAUGUCUUUAAUUGAAAGAUGUUUUGGGUAAAUGUGAAUAAUUCCACUUGCCCUUAUUCAUGAAAUGUCUGGACCUGCCACCUAAUAAGUAGCUUUCAAGAGUAUUUGCCAAAUGUUAUACAAACGAAUGGGAAACUAAAGACAAAUCAAGAGCACGUCGUCAACCCUGCACUUUCAACUUUUUGGGUACAGUUAGCCAAAUUCUAUGUAUUUUUUAAAAUUUACCUUAGUGAAUAUUGUACCACAACAAUGAAUCAGUUUAAGAUCACUAGCAAGGUGACACCCCUUGCCCUUGGUUCAGGCUUGCACUGUGAGUUAAUGGUAAACAGGUCCAAAGCGCUUUAAAUGGGCUCUGUGUAGUGUUGGUCUGAAAACCAACUAUUUCCUGUAAAAGUGCCCUGUGCCUUAUCUUAGCAGGUCAGUUCUCUUAAGGGCUACCCUAACCACUGAGUGGGGAGGCACCAUACAUAUAUUAAAAAAAUACACAGGCAUGUUUUGAUAUCCGCUAAAAAAACAGGAAAAAAAAGUGAAUCUUUUCUGGGAUUUUUUUGUUGAUUUUAAUAGCAAUGUAAUUUUUCAUAUUUUUGUGAAGUAACUAGGCAGAUGUUGGGAUGUGAAUCUCUACUAUUGUAAUGAAUUUUUUUGAUGUACAAACUAUGAUUUUAAUGAAUUUGCUUUUAGUUUAUCUUGGGUAUUUAGUGUAGAGGCAGACAUUAACCAGUAGACAGGGCCAAAAUCAGUAGCAUUAAUGAACAUUGCAACACUCACUUUCUCUGUCUAAAAGCAGCACUACAUAAAUAUAUGCAUUUGUGUAUUUUAGCGAGCUGGUUCUUGCUGCCUCUACAACCAUCACAUAAAUGUUCAAAGGAACUUCUCAAAUCUCGUCUUGCUUUUCUUUUACCUUUUCUCAUUUCUUUUUAUGCUCAUGUUCAAUGCUGUUAACAAAUCUUUGGAAAUUAUUUUUUCUCAUCUUAAAAUGUACAUUUUUACAAAUUUAUCACUUGGCAUUCUCUUCAUGAUUUCAGUGUGUCUGUAAUAAAUGUGUAAUAUAUAAAUCCAUACAAAUAUAAGAAUUACUACAGAA